AUGGAUGAUAGAGGAUUUGCCCCUAAAUUAAAUAGUGUGGAAGAUAUGGCGAAUUAUAUGCUCGAAACACAGGGUGCGAAGAAGAUUGGAAAGCUCUGGACUCAUCACUUUGUAAAACGAUGUUCAGAAUUAAAGAUGUGUUUUAAUUGUAUCUAUGAUUUUCAAAGAGCUUUUUGUGAAGAUUUAGAGCUUAUUGAAGAAUGGUUUCGAUUGGUAUCGAAUAUCAGAAGCAAGACAAUACAAUUAGGCAAUCGAGAGUGGGCUACAGCGAUUAUAUAUAAUAAUGAAGAGGGUGAAACUAUACUAUCAUUUUUAGUGGUACAAGGACAAUAUCACCUUUCUAAUUGGUAUACAGAGAUAAAAGCUCGAAUAACUCAUCAUCAAUCAAGCUCUCCUACACCUAUAUUUGAGACUGUGCAAGCUUUAGUUAAAGGUACAAAGAGAUUGGUAUAUGAAAUUACAUUUUUGAAUGUUGAGAAUCGUAUACUUCGAAGAGCAAAUGAAGUAUUAAAUAAACAUCGACAUAUUAAAAAAAUUCAACUACAUAAUGGAGGAGUACUUACUGGACAAGAAGCUGAAGAUAUAUUAUCACAACAAGAGGUUGAUAAUCAGAUUCAACGCGACGAGCGUCAAAAUGAGGGAAAUUCUAAUAGGGAAUCAUUUACUAGUCGAUACUGUAGAAAAGUUCUUAUUAUUCAAAAGAUUAAUGAUAUUAUAUUACAAAAAAAGAUGAAUAUUUGGAUUAAAUAUAAUAAACAAUAA